AUGACGGAACCACCGCCAAAGAAGCGCAUCGUGAUCAUCGGCGGCGGAAUCAUCGGGUGCACGACGGCGUAUUUUCUAACGCGGCACCUUCAAUACGACCGCUCGCUGCACACGAUUCACCUGAUCGAGGCGACGGACAUCGCCAGCGGUGCCUCAGGGAAAGCCGGCGGGCUGCUGGCGCUCUGGGCGUAUCCGGCGUGUCUGGUGCCGCUGAGCUUUAAGCUGCACGGCGAUCUCGCGAGGGAACACGAUGGCGCGGAGCGCUGGGGAUACCGCGGUGUGGGCGUGGGCCAGAUUGAGCUGGUUGGGAGGAAGGUCGGCGAGCGGCAGAUGAAGGCUGCGGGAGAUGGAUGUGGCGACGAUAUUCGGGGUAUCCAUCGCUCUGACGUCGCUAGUGAUGGCAAUUUGGAAUUGGAUGCGGCCAGGGUGAGCCUGCAGAAGCGCAGCGCGGAGUCCUACGCCCGCCUGCGCAACGCUGGGCUGCCGGAUGAUCUGGACUGGGUUGCGGAGGAGAGCGUGCGGGCGUACGACAGCAUGGGCUCGCCUGAGGACACGGCGCAAGUCCACCCGUACCAGUUCACGACGAGCAUGGCGCGCCUAGCGGAGGAGAAAGGGGUGAAAGUGAUUCUCGGGUCGGUCGAUGAGAUCGUCGACCAUGACUCGUCGUCCCCUGGAUCUGAAGCACUCCACACCGUCAAGUACACCGACAAGGAAACCCGCACUUCGCAUUCCCUCUCCGCGACCGACGUGAUCGUCACCGCCGGACCGUGGACGAAAUCCAUCCUCCCCUCCGCGCCCAUUGGCGCCCUCCGGGCACACAGCGUGACAAUCCGCCCUUCGAGGCCCGUCUCCGCAUACUGUCUCUUCACACAGAUCUCGCUGCCUAAGGACUACAAGGCCGGCACGAAAUCCCGCGCCACAACCGUCACACCCGAGAUCUACGCGCGGCCCAAGGGCGAGGUCUACGCCUGCGGCGAAGGGGACCAUCUUGUGCCGUUGCCGAAGUCUGCCGCCGAGGUGGUGGUCGAUGGUUCGCGAUGCCAGGAUAUCGUGGACUACUGUGCGAGUUUCUCGGACGAAAUGCGUGAUGGCGAGGUGACGGCACGCCAGGCUUGUUAUCUGCCACAGGUGGAGAGGGGCGCGGGCCCUUUGGUGGGCUUGACGCCCAGGAAAGGCGUGUACUUGGCCGCGGGUCAUACUUGCUGGGGCAUUCAGAAUGGGCCCGCGACGGGGAAGAUCAUGAGCGAGUUCGUGUUUGAUGGGAGGAGCGUCAGUGCGGAUGUGGGUAGUUUGAACCCUCGGAGGGUGCUUCGCUGA